AUGUCCAUUACUUCGUGGCUCCAAUUUUGUUUGGAGAUUCUUUCUCAUGACGAAUUUGCUCUUCUAUUGGUUCUUCUGUGGUCCAUAUGGAAGGAAAGGAAUGAAAGACUAUGGUCUAGGAAGUUCAAAACUUUGCAUCAGGUUUACUUCCAGGUGCACUUUGUUCAGUUAUUGAGAUCAUCUACUUCCAGACGUAGUAGAGGUGCUGUUCGACCAAGGAGGUCGUGGCUUCCUCCUCCUAGUGGUUGGCUGAAGGCCAACAUUGAUGGUGCCUUUAAUCAGGAUACUCAUUGUGGAGAUAUUGUGGAGGCUAUGGCUGGUAGGGAGGCUUGUGAGUUGGCUGCAGAGUUUCAGUUGGCUCCUAUUGUCUUUGAAUCAGAUUGCUUGAAAUUGGUUGAAGCAUCUAAGUGUGAUGAGGAGGAUGGGUCUGGUUUUGGUAGAAUAGUUGAAGAUAUCAGGUUCCUUUUGUCUUCUACUCCUUCUACUUUCUUUUCCCAUGUAUUUAGACAGUGCCGGCCCUGA